AUCGAAUUAUUUUAAGGUCGUCGAUAUUGUUUUUUUUUAAGUAUCCUUGAAAGUGUUAGAAAAAUCCUUCAAUUACAAAGAAUUUUUUACAUUUUUUCAGAAUACAUAUGUUUGUGUGCGUUAGUGGAUGCCAACGUAUCCAUUGCUUUUAGGCGGUGGCCAUACACUUCCCAUUUCAAUAUUUUAUUAAGUUUUUUUCCAAGAUUAGUACAGUUGCCUUCCGAGGGUCACUUGUGCGUGAAAUAUAAUUAUUUCGCGGUCGCGCCUGGGAUAUUCGCUUAAAAAGAAGAACGUAUUACCUGAUUUUGGUUUUGUUUCUUAAAACUGUGUGAAUAUAUUGCUAACAUAAAAAAAUCAGAAACGUUGUGAAAUUAAAAAAGGAGUAUGUCUGCGAAAUCGAAACGUGCAAGCACAGCCACUCCCCAACCGCAGCCAGGCAGUUCCAGUACGCCAUUGAUAACCGGUGGUAAUCGAUCGGCCAGUCCACUGAGUCCUACACGUCAUUCUCGUCUUCAAGAGAAGGCAGAGUUACAAAAUUUAAAUGAUCGUUUAGCAGUUUACAUUGACCGGGUGCGUAACCUCGAAACCGAGAAUGCCCGGCUAUCGAUAGAAGUGCAAACGACGCACGACACCGUGACGCGUGAGGUCACCAACAUAAAAACCAUGUAUGAGAGCGAAUUAAGCGACGCUCGUCGCUUACUUGAUGAUACCGCACGCGAAAAGGCCAAAUUGGAAAUUGAUGUUAAACGCUUAUGGGAAGAAAAUGAGGAGUUAAAAGUAAAAUUGGAUAAGAAAUCCAAGGAAUGCAGUAUCGCCGAAGGAAAUGCUCGUAUGUAUGAGUCACGUGCAGCCGAUUUGAGUGCUAAAUAUAGUGCAGCAAAUGCUGAUCGUAAAAAAGCCGUCGACGAAUUAAACGAUUUGCAAAAGGAGCUCGAUCGUUUGCGUAAUCUAUUGGAUGAAGCGCGAAAAAAUCUGGAGGACGAAACGUUGGCUAGGGUUGAUUUGGAAAAUAAUAUACAGAGUUUGCGUGAGGAAUUGACUUUCAAAGAUCAAGUACAUAUGCAAGAAAUCAAUGAGACUCGGUCACGUCGUCAAGUGGAAAUCAGUGAGAUCGAUGGCCGCCUUUCUGAACAGUAUGAGGCAAAACUACAACGGUCCCUUCAAGAGUUACGCGAUCAGUAUGAAGCACAAAUGAGAGCUAACCGUGACGAAAUCGAAUUGCUAUACGAACAAAAGAUUAAAAAUCUGCAGUCGGCAGCAGCCCGCAAUACAAAUGCGGCUGCCAAUGCCCUCGAUGAGUUACGUAGCACUCGUACGCGUAUUGAAGGUCUUAAUACGCGUAUCGAAGAAUUGGAAUCGACCAAUGCCCGUCUUAACUCUCGUAUAAAAGAAUUGGAGCAGUUAUUGGACAAUGCACGCGCUCGCCAUUCUGCUGAACGAGAUAGCCUAGAAGCUGAGCUUAAACGUUUACGCGAUGAAAUGGCUCAACAAUUGCAGGAAUAUCAAGAUCUUAUGGAUAUUAAGGUUUCCUUGGAUUUGGAAAUCGCUGCUUAUGAUAAGCUCUUAUGCGGGGAGGAAUCCCGUUUAAAUAUCACCCCUUCCUCAGGUGGCGCCACGGUCAGCUCUCUGAGCCAAUCUUUACGUUCCUCACGCGGUACUCCACAUCGCAAAACACCAAUGCGCGGCGCCUCCGCCGCUUCAGGGGCUUUAAAACGCAAACGAACUGUUGUCGACGAAUCGGAAGAUAUUUCAACAGAUGAUUUCUAUAUUACUAGUAGCGCUAAAGGGGAUGUUGACAUUGUAGAUGUAGAUCCCGAAGGAAAAUACGUAAAGUUGCGUAAUAAGGGCGCAAACGAAGUACAAAUCGGCGGCUGGCAAAUAAAACGUGUAGCCGAUGGCAAGGAGAGCGCAUUUAAGUUUCAUCGUAGCGUAAAAAUUGAAGGUGCAGCUACGAUCACCGUAUGGUCCUCAGAUGCGGUCGGAGCAACACAUGAGCCGCCAAUGAAUAUCGUCAUGAAAACACAAAAAUGGUUUGGCGGUGAGAAUAUAAAAACAUCAUUAUUCAAUAAUGAAGGAGACGAAGUUGCAGCCGUAGAACGUCUUAAACGUAGCGUACUGCAUCAUAUAUCUCGUCAUCGCACUGCCAGUCGUCGUCGAAGCAUCUCCGCGAUGGAUGGUAGAAGUAAUGAACACUUGUAUCAUCAACAGGGUGACCCCGAUCAACAAAUCGGUGAAGAAAAAUGUCGUCUAAUGUAAUUUUAUAAGAGAUUCUGUUUCAAUUCCCUACAUGAUUUCUCCAAAAUUCAAAACUUUUUUACUGUAGUUUUGUAAAAUUUUUUUACUGUAGUUUUGUGAAUUGAAGUGAACGAAAAACGCUAAAGAAAGUCUUUGUACCCAGUUUUGGAUUCCGAGAUACAAAAUUUACUACAAUUUCUAGUUUUAAGUUCUGUGCUUUUAUAUGUUCAUUUCCAGAAUAAAUUUAAAGUAAAUAGAAACAUGAUUAAAAUUUAUUUCUUUUGAAGUGUCACCUUACUCCAGUCGAAAUGAAUGUUUUU